GGUUUUAUUUGGUUCGGGUGCCCCGGAUAAGUGCGGGUCGGGUAUCAUUUAGGUCUUUUCUUCUAGGGUUCUCUCUCUCUCUCUCUCUCUCUUUCUUUGCGGCUCCAAACACCAACAGUGCGUCCUUCUCACUUUCAUAUAUUUUCCUCCGUCGCGUACCGCCGCCGGAUACUUCCGCCACCAGCCGCGCCCGCCGUUAGAAGAAAGAAGUGAAGCCUUCUUUCAAAUUGGUUUUGUCGAUCCUUUUCUAUCCAUUCUACAGUAUGUUGAAAAGAAAUGUGAGGCUGAGGAGAGAGUAUCUUUAUCGCAAGAAUUUGGAAGGACAGCAGCGUUUGGAUUACGAGAAGAAACUCAAAAUCCGCGAGGCCUUGGAAGAGGGAAAGCCUAUUCCUACUGAGCUAAGAAACGAAGAGGCCGGCCUUCGCCGAGAAAUCGACCUCGAAGAUGAGCAUACUGCUGUUCCCCAUUCGACCAUUGAUGAUGAAUAUGCAAGUGCAUUCGAUAGAGAUCCCAAGAUUUUGCUUACAACUUCUCGCAGCCCUAGUGCUCCCCUUACACAAUUUGUGAAGGAAUUGAAGUUUGUUUUUCCCAAUGCACAACGGAUGAAUCGUGGUGGUCAGGUUAUAUCAGAAAUAAUUGAAACCUGCCGAGCUCAUGAUUUUACAGAUGUUAUUUUAGUUCAUGAACACCGUGGUGUGCCAGAUGGCAUGGUCAUAAGCCAUUUACCUUUUGGCCCGACUGCGUACUUUGGAUUGCUCAAUGUGGUCACAAGACAUGAUAACAAGGACAAGGAUCUUUUGGGACCAAUGUCUGAGGCUUACCCACACUUGAUUUUUAACAACUUUUCUACUAAGCUUGGUCAAAGGACAGCAAACAUUUUAAAAUAUCUCUUUCCAGUACCCAAACCAGAUUCGAAACGCGUUCUCACUUUCGCCAAUGAGUCUGAUUAUAUAUCAUUCAGGCAUCAUAAUUAUAAAAGUGAUGGUCCCAAAUCAGUUGAUCUCAGAGAGGUUGGCCCUCGCUUUGAGAUGCGGCUGUACCAGAUCAAGCUAGGAACAAUGGAUCAAAAUGAAGCUCAGACGGAAUGGGUCAUCAGGCCUUACAUGAACACAUCAAGAAAACGCCAGUUUCUUGGAGAAUGAUUACGACACGAGUGUAUUCGUUUUUCAUUGCAUGCAUAAAAAAGGCAAUGCUGAGUUAAUGUAUUAUAUUUUCAAGAGUGGUAUGGAGGACCAAGCUUAUUUUUUUUUUAAUUUCCGCCAUUCUCAAUUUUGGGGUAGAAAAAAUUGAAGUUAAAGAUUAUUAAUUUAUUAGCAUAAAAAAAUUGUUCUGUAUCGUGAAUUUUAAAAGAUUUAGUUUUUAGUGGCUGAGGCAGGCCCAAUAUGAAAUUUUUUAAUUGCCAGGA